AUGAUCAACCGAUUCUCACCUCCUCCAAUACAUUGUCAGCUUUGGUUUGCUAAUUUACGCAUCCCUGUCGUCACGUCAGCAAUAUAUCACUAUAGCUGGCGGAAAAAAUGGGGCUAUACAUCAGACGAAUUUCUCCAACCUUAUUUGAUCACGUGCCCCAUUCGACCGGCAAACAGUUCUACAAAUAGAACCCUCAUCCCGAAAUCGGUUUCACUUAUUGAAACAUAUUGCAGCAACGCCACCAAUAACCUACCGAUUAGAUAUAAUCAACAGUUUAUUACUAAAAAGGAGGAUUUUGCCGUAUGCGUGAAAGGAUUAGAUUUUAUGCAUACGGAUAUAAGUGUGCGACUCGUCGAAUGGAUCGAACUUUUGUAUAUUCUAGGCGUCAAAAAGAUUUUCUUCUAUCAAUUUGAUGUUCAUCCUAACAUAAGCAAAGUUCUUAAUUAUUACCAAAGCCGUCAGUUAGUUCAAGUGACAAAAAUAUCAUUACCUGGCACUCUACCGAACUUGCCCGGCUUGAGACAUUCGUUUCUGGAGAGCCACAGACCUGUUAAGCGUCAAAAUGAAAUUAUUCCAUAUAAUGACUGUCUUUAUAAUAAUCUUUAUUCUGUCCAAUAUAUAAUUCCACUUGAUACUGAUGAAAUAAUAAUACCAUUGAUACAUCAAGAUUGGUCACAACUGAUGACUGCGGUACGAAAAGUGUCACAAACCCAAGAAGAAUCACACUACGCUUCAUACGAAGUACGAAGUGUCUAUUUCUUCGAUGAUGUAAAUUAUAAUGAUACCAACAAGCCUUCUGCUGCUAAUAUUAGUCACACACUUGGCAUCCCCUCAUAUUUACACAUGCUGCAACAUGUGUAUCGAUCCGGCACAUACCUGAAGGUGGGAUGGUACGCAAAAUCGUUCUUCAACACGGAUCAUGCAGUAACGAUUCAUAAUCACAUAUUAUUAAAUUGUUUUGGUCGAUGCACUAAAUACAGAAUCAACAAUACUUUAGCGCAUGUACAACAUUAUAGGAAAGAUUGCGUAAAAGAGCUACAGAAAGUAUGUCAGAACACCUAUCGUAAACACAUACUUUUAGAUACAAGUAUAUGGAAAUACAAAGCUGAAUCAAUGCAGAAAACUUCUAAUGUACUAACUCAACUAGGUCUUUUAACUCUUUGA